GCGACUGGGUUUACGGCCAGACUAAUAUCUAAACCAAGGUUCUUUUUUUUAUUAACGAAACAAUGCUUGGUGAUUGAGGAGAGGUACUUUAGGUCCAGUACAUCGAAGAAUAUGGUUGUAACCAAAACAAACCUAAAUCAACAUCUUGAUUGGUUUUUUCAUAAUGGCCCUCAAAAACUAGAAACUAAUAAGCAACCUUUGAGUUUACUUAAUUUUGACACUGUUUCAAUUGGCUCUUCGUAUAAGACUACCUUUGAGCCAUUACAGUCACCAGUAAGUCCUCCCAAGUCAAAUGUACUAGAUGUAUUUGAUGAACAGCAAGCCAUCGAUUUGACAGAUGAUUUACCAAAGUCCCCAAUUCUGAAAAGACAAUCAUCCUUUGAUGAAUCUGAGAUCCCAAAACCCAAGCGAAUGGCAAGUUCAAAAACAGUGGACAGUGAGGAAGAGUUUGAUGACGUUGACGAGGAGUUUCUUCGAGCUGCUGAAAUGGAAGCUUUCCAAAAACAGCCUUCCUAUGCUUCGGCCUUUGUAGAAGCCCCGUCUGUACCUGAACCAGGACUGAAAAUCCAGAAUCAGUGUGAUAAUCAACAACAUAUUGGUGAGUCUUUCAAUGAAAAAGGUUCAUUUUGUACUCCUGAAGCUCAAAAAAGCUCUAAUGUACAGGCUCCAACUCCUGUGCGUCAGCCUAGCAUAUCAGAAAACCAGCGUUCAUUAACUGCUACCCCCAACUCAUCAUCCAUUUCUUUAGACUUUUGUUCAUGGCCUCGGGAUAAUCUACAACAUUAUUUAGAAAUUUUGCGAGAAGAGAAAAGCGAACUAAGUGAUCGAAUCAUUGAAAUGAUGGAAAAUGACCCAACCUCUAUGCGAUUUAAAGAAUGGAUUCCUAAACGGGAUGUUUUGAGUCGUAAAAUUUCUCUUGUCCAAGAUGCUAUAUCAAGCACCGAACAUUCUAUACAACCCUCUAAUCUUACAACCCCGUCAAAGGAAAUGGAAAAUGAAGCCAAUUUUUCGACGUUUGUACCUGAAUCAGUGGUGAAGCAGAAAGAGCUUUCACAUGAUCUGUCCUUCAACAACAAUUUUGCGAAUGAAAAAGUUGCUGCUACACCUACUGUUUCAAAUGCUCCAAAAAAUUUUGUAGAGCAGUCUUAUGAAAAGGAUAUAUCUUCUACUGAUAUCGACAGCUUUGAAUUUAAUGAUGCUGACAUCUCUUUUCCAAUGACAGAUCCUAUUCAAGAUAUUCCAAGUUCUCCUAAUGAAGUUUUAUUAAUUGAUGACGAUAAAAAUAAUUAUUCCAAUGCUGAUCAGAGCGCUAUCCCUAAAGAAGCACAACUUGAAGAUGUGCCCUUGAGAGAAAUUCAAAAUCAUAGACUGAAUAUUGAUGCUUCUCAACCAGAAAGCUUGGAUAUGGAUAAAAGUCAUUUAGUUCAACUCCCAUCAAAGACAGAUCCUGCUUUGAAUCAUAAGUGGUCACCUGAACUUCUUCACGUCUUAAAGUACACGUUUAAUCUUAGAGGUUUUCGGAAUAAUCAACUAGAUGCUAUUAACGGGACACUUUCUGGAAAGGACGUCUUUGUUUUGAUGCCUACAGGCGGUGGUAAAUCAUUAUGUUACCAACUACCGGCAGUAGUUGAAAGCGGGGUCACUCGCGGUGUUACUCUUGUUGUUUCACCGCUUCUUUCUUUAAUGCAGGAUCAAUUAGAGCAUUUGAAAAGAAUUAACAUUCCUUCCUUACCUCUCAGCGGUGAACAGCCUGCUGAAGAGCGUCGCAAAGUCAUAUCUUUCCUUAUGGCUGAGAAAGUCAUGGUGAAACUACUCUAUGUUACACCGGAGGGCUUGGCAAGUAAUGGUGCAGUAACAAGGGUGUUGAAAAAUCUGUAUGAUCGGAAGUUGCUUGCUCGCAUAGUCAUUGAUGAAGCACAUUGUGUGAGUCACUGGGGUCACGAUUUUCGACCUGAUUAUAAACAACUGGGGGCAUUGAGGGACGCUUAUCGAGGUGUGCCCCUAAUGGCUUUAACAGCUACUGCCAAUGAAGUUGUAAAGAAAGAUAUCAUAAACACCCUAAGAAUGGAUAGCUGUUUGGAACUAAAAUCUAGCUUUAAUCGCCCCAAUUUAUUUUAUGAGAUACGGCCGAAGAAGGAUCUUUAUACAGAGUUAUAUCGGUUCCUUAGCAACGGACACAUGCAUGAAUCAGGUAUAAUUUAUUGCCUUUCAAGGACUAGUUGUGAGCAAGUUGCUGAUAAGUUGAGGAAAGAUUACGGUUUAAAAGCUUGGCAUUAUCAUGCUGGGAUUGACAAAAACGAGAGGCAAAGAAUCCAAAGCGAAUGGCAAGCUGGAAAUUACAAAAUUAUAGUCGCUACUAUUGCGUUUGGUAUGGGUGUUGAUAAAGGAGAUGUACGAUUUGUCAUUCAUCAUAGUUUUCCAAAGUCUCUUGAAGGCUAUUAUCAGGAAACAGGUCGUGCUGGUAGAGAUGGGAAACCAGCUCACUGUAUAAUGUUUUAUAGUUACAAAGAUCAUGUAACGUUCCAACGUUUAAUUAUGAGCGGAGAUGGUGAUCCUGAAACGAAAGAGCGUCAACGACACAUGCUCCGGCAAGUUAUUCAGUUUUGCGAAAAUAAAUCUGAUUGCAGAAGGAAGCAGAUUUUAGCAUACUUUGGUGAGAGUUUUGACCAAGUACAUUGUUGCCGAGGUUGUGAUAUAUGUUGCGAAGAAGCGACAUAUGUAAAAAAGGAUAUGACCGAAAUUGCCGCGAAAGCUAUCAAAUUAAUACGUUCCAUGUCGGGAAAAACCACUCUUCUUCAACUAAUAGAUGUGUUUCGUGGCAGUAAAGGAGCAAAAAUCAUUGAAAACGGCUGGGAUAGGCUAGAAGGAGCAGGCGACGGAAAGUCAUUAAAUAGAGGAGAUUCAGAAAGGCUAUUUCAUCAAUUGGUUGCGGAAGGAAUUUUUGUUGAAAAAGUGGAAGCUAAUCGUAGGGGCUUCGUAUCAGCCUAUGUGUUUCCCGGUAAGCAGACACUGUUAAACUCAGUGAUUGCUGGUAAGCAUCGAGUUGUACUUGAGAUAAAGCAGGAAUCAUCGAACUCUGGAAAUGAAGGCCGGGCCUUAACACGUAGCAAGACAUUGCCAAACGUGACAGAUUAUUAUUCUUCUCUUCGAAGAACAAAUAGCUCAACUAGUAACCACGAUCAUUUUCAGGGAAAUGAUGAUAUAUAUGAUUCUCAAUUGGUUCCGAACAAUGUAGGACGUGAGGUAGUAACUGGUUGCAAAAUUAGUACAGACAGCAUGCCAACAAAUAAGUUUAUGUCCGAAUAUGAAAUGGACAUUGUGAAUCGUUGUUUUGCUGAACUAAAGGUGCGUCGAAGCAAUUUAAUGGCCUUGAAUGAUUCUAGAGUUGGUUCAUAUUUUACAGAUGCGAUGUUAUCUAGCAUGGCUCAAAAACUUCCUAGAAAUGUUACAGAACUAAAAGAAAUACAUGGAGUUAGCGGUGAACGUGCUGAAAGGGUUGGACCGCAAUUUCUUCAAGUUAUUCAAAAGUAUAUUGAUGAGAAAGAUCAAAAUUUGGCUGGAACCGAGCUGGAUCCCACGGUUGAAAGCAUUGAUGUUGAUGAGUUUGAUAAUAUUGAUGUGCUCGAUUUUGAGCCUGAAGGAGGUGACAAUGAUUUUGAGGAAAAUGCUGGCAGUGAUUAUCAGCCUUCAAGCCCCUUAGAUGAAGAAUCGGUUACUCAAAAAAGAGAUAUAUUAAACUUUAUGUGUAGUCAGUCUUUCUCGCAGCAUGAACCCCGACCGACUAUACAGUCAACGGUUACUUCUGAUACAAACUCAUAUAGGAAAGCCGGUUCUCGAGGAGGUCGUUCUGCACGAGGAGGUCGCGGAAGAAGAACAAUGCCUCAGCGUCGUAAAAGGUCAACAAAUACUCAACCUCGUCCUCGAAAGCCAGCAAACUCUUCCAGUUCAUUUAUUAGGCCAAUGGUUCGGCAAAACUACAACUAACAUCUAAUUAUCUGUUUAAUACUAAGAUGAAUCUUAUUAUUCCCAUUCUAUCUUUUUUUUAUCUCUUAUUAUCGGUGUGAAACUUGAAGUUUCGCUCGUUUUCUUUUAAGUCACCUUCCGGUAGGAGAAUCAACAAUAAAAGGCAGCAUACUAUUAUCGAACUUUUAGGCAGUCAUUCUUUUAAUUUUUAGUUUUCUAUAUUUAUUUCAUAUAAAAUACUUUGUCUAUCGUUAACAAC